GUCUAGGGCACAGCUUCCACCCUAAUCUCUCUCUCUCUCAUCAAUCUCUUGUUUUCUCUCUCCAAAAUUUUCUGCGGCGACAGUUGCUUCACGGAAUACAAUGGUAGCUUCAAAUCGGAAAAACAACACCCCUAAGGGUUUCGCGGGAGAAGAACUGAAGGAAUCUCUGAUACUCGGAUUUGUUGGUUUCCCUGUGACACGCUCACGAUCGAAAGAUGGCGGAGAGAUGCAAGAACCCUACCACCGGCGGCCAGACAUCAGACCAGCUGCAGGAAUACUCUCCCGAGGAUACGAAGGUAGCUUCAUCUCACAAAAAGAAGAACGCAAAGGUAGCUUCAUCUCACAAAAAGAAGAAAGUGAAGGUAGCUUCAUAUCAGAAAAAGAAGAACGCAAAGGGUGUCCCGAAAAAAUCUAACAAGGCGGUGGCCAAGGACCCUACCCCCGUCGGCUUGACAUCAGAAGUGCUGCAGAAAUACUCUCACGAGGAUUUCGAUUACAAAGAGUUUCAUGGUCCGGUCUUUGACAUGCCACCAUUACUUAAGAUUUUAACAUCGCGAACCCGACCAAUAAUACCAAAGUAUAUCUUGCGUGGGAAUCUCGAUGUGGUCGCUGCUAUGGAAUAUCACUACCGUCGAUGCAAGGAAAACUACUGCGGUUAUAAGUUUCCCCUCCAGAUGAGCUCGCAGGUGGUUGGUGGUGGUCAUUUGGAUUUCAUUACCUUUGAGUUACUUAAACCUGGUGGGGAUGAUUAUGUGAAGUUCCAAGCUAUCCUGUAUACUACUGCUGCUGCUGGAGAGGCGGCGGUACCCAAGGUCCUGAUGUGCAGACCUGAACUCGGCUUUGCUGCUAAGCGUACCCUUUUUUUCAUGGUACGCGCGCUUUGUUUCACUCGAUUGUGUAUUGCCUGGAUUGUGUAUGGUCCUUAUGAGCUGUCCUAACCUUCUAUGCUUGCCGCAUUGUGCUUGUUGUGAAUACCUAAUAUUGCUUUCUAAGAUAGGUGAGUUGUCCUUCCACAUUGUUAGAUCUUAUGUAGUAUGGAUUUAUUGCUUCAUGGUGGAGUUGGGAAUGUUGAGCUUCAGAAGUUCUGAACUGGUAGAGUAGGGAAAAAGUUCCAGCAAAGAGAGACCAGGGGAGAAAACAAUCGGAAAAUAAAGCUAAUUCUAGAAACUUUAAAGAAUAAUCCUUUUUCUGUUCAUAACUAUGUCAGUGUGUUGUGUAUAGGAUAAUAGGACUAUAUUUAGUUUACAUAUACUGAUAUACGUACGGAGAGAGAGGGAGAGAGAGA